CGUCGAUUGACAGAAAUAACAAUGCUCGUUCGACUUUCCAGAGGAAUUCUUCAGCUCUCCAUUCUUCGUCUGUGUUUCUGAAGACAGCUUAAUCUAACAUGACGGUGGAUAUCAUCAAGCCGAAGGUUCUCAUCAUUGGCGCGGGUCCAGCCGGGCUGGGUGCCAUUGAGCAGUUCCUCUCCAAAGGGUUCGACGUAGUGGCCUUUGAUGCUCGAUCGAGCAUUGGAGGACUGUGGGCCGACUUCGAUGCCACGCCACCAGAAGCCGUGGUGACUUUCGACGAGUACGGCCACGCCAUUGUCUUGUCGGAGAACGAGCACAACGGAGUCCUUACUCCAGCUCCGACCCCGAUGUACGCAGGAGUCAUUGCGAACACGCCGAGGGACGUCAUGACUUACAGGCAACGCCCGUACCCCCCAAACACCCCGUUCCUCCCGACAUACAAACAAAUGAAGGCUUAUCAGGAGCGCUAUGCUGAGAAUUAUCUGCCCUUCAUCCGCCACAACCGCAUUGUGACCCGCGUGCGGUACACUCCUCCUGAUCAUGUUCCGGCCCCCAGCUCGGACGGCCGUACCAGGAAGUGGCUCGUGGAGUGGACUCCGACUCAGACGUCGGGUCUCCCCGAUGUCGGUACCACCUAUGAGGAGCAGUUCGACAACAUUGUGGUUGCCAACGGAAGCGAUUCGAGGCCCUAUGUUCCCUAUAUUGCCGGCUUAUGGGACUGGAAGGGUCAGAUCACUCACUCUCGAUGGUACCGAAGAGCUGAGGAUUUUGCCGAUAAGACGGUUCUUGUUGUCGGAUCUGGCUCCUCGUCGGCCGACAUCGUUCGCGAGCUUGGAAUGACCUUCGUUGAGAACAGGCAAGCAAAGCCGAAGAAGGUGUAUCGAUCGAUUCGAAGCCAACCACGAUUGGAUGCUCAGCUUGAGAAAGGUUGGAAAGACUUCAUCCACACGAUUGGAAGCAUCGACCAGGCAUGGGCCCCUUCUGAUAGCUCGUCGGCUGGACGUCUUCGAACUGUCGAUGGCAUUGAGCUGGACGAUGUGGACGUCAUCAUCUUCGCUACGUCGUACGUUGUGCGGUUCGAGUUCCUUCGUCAGUCCGAUGAGCCGUUCGCCAGCCAUCCCCUUAUCCACUAUCCUCAACCGCCUGCCGGAUCGCCUCGACCUCCUCCGGAGCUUGUCGGCAAAUCCACCUUUGACGGUGGUCUUCGUGCACACAACUUGGACGGCUUCCAGGUGUUCUACCUACCGGACCCAACGAUUGCCUUCCUGCUUUUGCAUGCGGAGGCCAUCUCAUGGCCGUUUGCGGAGCUGCAGGCCCAUGCUGUGGCUGCUUACUGGUCAGGCUCCAAGGCCGCAGAACUGGUCCAACACCCUGACGAGGGGAAUGAAGCCCACAGUGUCGUUGUUCUGGGCCACCCUGCAGAGUUUGACUACGCCACAAAGCUGCUGGCACUGAUCGGAGAGGGUGGACCUGAAGAAGUAACGAGUGAUGGCAAAUGGGGGGAAUGGGUCCAUUGGAGGAAACGCAUUCGCGAGUUCGGACACUCCAAGUUCUCACCUGUCGCUGCUCGGGAGGAGGCGCAAGGUGUAUUCCGUACCCCUUUCAUCGUCAGUGACGAGGAACUCGCGACCAUUACCUAGACUUGGGGCCGAUGAGCAAAAGGAGAUCCCCAGCAACACCAUCCACUUGCAGCCUAUCACACAUUGUUGACUCCUCAUGAAGACAUGC